CAUUCUUCCUCCCCCGCAGCAUUCUUCCUCCCCCGCAGCAACUCAGCGACUCUGCUCUUCCGCCUUGGCACGGGCGCCCGCUGGAAGUUGCGCCGUAGGUUCAUCGCGCAGCCCCACGAUGAGCGCGCGUCGCGCUGUGUCGCGCUCGCUCCACCAGUUGGUGCGACGCUCACCUUCUCUGCCACGUGCCCUCCCCGG